UCUCUCUCUCUCUCAAAACUGUACACACAAACUCACCUGAGGCCAGUCUGUCCCUCGUACACCUCUUGAACGGACAGGUCUGGGUUGGUCCGUUCCACGGACACUUAAAAUACAUUACGGUGACAGGACCAAAUCAGCACCACAGAAGAAGAACUUCAAGGUGUAGCCACUCUAGCUCGUUGCGCCUGGUUAACACAGCCGUUCAGAUCCCGAAAGGCCAACGGAUCUCCCGCCUGGAUAGUUUCGGAAAUCCCCCGAACGGGACACUGUGUAUCUUCCACUCAAGGCUCUCUCCGUCUCCAGCCCGACUCCUCCUCCUUCAUCAUGACCUCCACACACACAUGCUCCCUUAUUCCCCCCCUGGUGUUCUUCUCCUUCCUGUGGUCCUCAGCGCUCUGCUUCCAGCCUCUCUUCUCUUUGGUGGGAGAUUCCUCCACUCACCUGGAGAUCACACAGAGGGCGUUGCUCUACAAGUCAGCCGAGGUGUGUCGGGCGUUGGCCUCCGCAGAGGGCCGAGACUUCAGCCUGACGAUAGACGACAGCUUGACGAGCUCCGAGGUGCAGCGGGCGUGCUCCACGAGCGGAUCCACGCUCCUCUCGACCGUCAUGUUCCAGACGGCCAUCACCAACAUAUACCUGAGCAAUGCCGCAAUAGACGUGGCGCUGGCGCUGGACGAAAGGGUCCACUUCGACGACGAGGAGUUCCAGGGAGGACGUGAUGUCAUAACAGCAGGCGUGUCUGCAGUGAAGGCCAGCGUGAAGCUGGAGAACUUUGUGGCUGGAAGGCUCAACCUGGGAUUCGUCUGUCACACACUACAGGACUUCUACAGCCACAGUAACUGGGUAGAGCUGGGGAACAAAGCCCCGUACAGCACCCUCAUCAGGCCCGACCAACAGCUGGAAAACCUGGCAGGCUCGAGCGUCCCAACCUGUCGGAACUGCAUCGAUGGGGACUGCACCGACAACAUCCUGCCAGAUGUUCUGCAACAGGGACUCCUCACAUCUGGCUACUUCAACCUGUUCUCCUCAGCCAAGCCAGCAGGUAAGUGCAGCCAUGGUGGGGCGUUCGACAAGACCAGCCUGCGGGACCCGGUGGGCGGGAUCAGCAAGGAUGACCCCGGAUCCCCCCACGGGGCCCUGCACCACCAGGCCGCCGCCCUGGCCGUCAACGCCACCGUAGAGCUGCUGGAGGACAUCCGAUUGGCGGUGGGGGACAAGAACUUCCUGCGGUUGAUGGGCCUCUCCCAGUCUUCUGUGCUGUGCUUCGUCAUCGACACCACGGGCAGCAUGAGGGAUGACAUCGCCGAGGCCAAGCGGGUGUCCUUCUCCAUCAUAGACAGCAAGAGAGGAACACAGGAGGAGCCCUCAGCCUACAUCCUGGUCCCCUUCAACGAUCCAGGUUUUGGCCCGUUGCUCAUCACAACAGAUGCAGAUGUGUUCAAAGCAAACAUCAACCGGCUGACAGCAUCUGGAGGAGGAGAUAUACCAGAACUCUGCCUUUCCGGACUGCAGCUGGCCCUGGCGGCAGCUCCUCCCUCCUCUGAGAUCUUCGUCUUCACUGACGCUCCUGCAAAAGACGCACACCUAAAAGGUGCCAUCACUGCCCUCAUAGAGAGCUCCAAGUCUGUGGUGACCUUCAUGUUGACAGAUGUAACGGCCAGUCGACGGCGCCGCCGUGAGGCUCAGGGAGGGACUCAGCGGGUCAUGAGUCAAUUAGAUGCCCAGCUGUACCGGGAGCUGGCUCAGGCCUCUGGAGGACAGGCCAUAGAGGUCACCAAGUCAGACCUGACCCUGGCCACUAGCGUCAUAGAAGACUCUUCAGCUCCCGCUGUGGUCACGCUGAUCCAGGCUAUAAGGAAGCCAGGGAAGCCAGACACCUUCAGCUUCCAGGUGGACGGAUCCAUGAGAAACCUGACUGCCUAUAUCACAGGAGCUGCUUCCCUCACCUUUAACCUCACAAGCUCCUCAGGUACCUCCCAGGGCUCCAGCCAGCCCAGCGGCCCAUUGGGAACCUUCUCCACCGUGGGCAACCUGAGACGCUUCAGCCUCCACACUGACAAUCAGACGGGAUUAUGGGAGAUAGCGGUUCAUUCCAAUGAUCCCUACUCGCUCAAAGUCACUGGUCAGAGUUCAGUGAACUUCAUCUUUAACCUGAUGGAGGAGCAUGAGGGAGGCCACAGGGGCUACAGUCUGAAGGAGGGCCGCCCGCUCACAGGAGGCAAUGCUAGCCUACUAGUGACAGUGACAGGAAGUGACGCCGCAAAGCUCACUGAGGUCACUCUGGUCGAAGGCUCAGGGUCACGCCAGGUCAAUGGAUCAAUUCGGGCGCUGGGCAACAGUAACUACCUGGUCACCUUCCCCAACGUGCCAGAGGGGGAGUUCUCGGUGCGUCUGAGGGGUGAAGAGAGUGCCAGCACCACCUCAAGAUCCACGUCAGCCCCCGGCACCUUCCAACGCCAGGCCAACACCCAGAUCAAGACUUCCAGCAUCUCCGUCUCUGUCCAAGCCAACGCCACCUCAGUAGAACCGGGCUCCACCAUCUCAGUCCCCUUCACCGUCUCCUCCACCGCCGACGGGGUGGUCAACGCCAGCGCCACCGGCACGUACUCUGUGCGCGUCAGCAACGACCAAGGUUACACCAGCACGGCGCCUGCCACCGUAACCCUGGGCGACGGGGGGACAGCCAACGGCACGGUGGAGCUGACGGUGCCAGGGGCCGCGGCGAGCGGGAGCGCCGUGACGCUGACUGUGGAAGCAGCUAAGGACGCCGACGUCAACUACGCUGUGCUGAGGCUCGCAUUGGCUGCCAAGGUGACGGAUGUCUCGGGGCCAGUGUGUCAGAUGAUCUCCAUAUCAGACGCAUGUCCCUCCAGCUCCGCCCUCUGUAGCUCCGCCCAGUGGCAGUUCUCCGCCCAGUUGACAGAUGGGGCAAACGGUACCGGCAUUGACUCGGUCUCCGUCCGCCAGGGGAACGGGACGCUAAACACCAGCAAGCAGGUGGGAGCGGCCGGAGAGAACGUCACCAUGGUUACCUUCAGUGCCUCCUGCUGUGCGCAAACAGUAGAGCUGGUAGCUGUGGACCAGGCGGGGAACGUGGGCACUUGCAGGGGACAAGCGAAAAUCGAACAGCCCACCACGCUGGCGCCGCCGCCGGGCAUCACUACUGCCAGUGCAGUUCAAACAACGUCCACCGGGUGGCGCCCUCUGACUAUGUCUUCGUUUCUGUGGAUUGGUGUCGCCGUCUCCCUCCUCUCGCUUUGAAUUGGGUUAAACGGUUACAUUUUUGGGGCUGUAGGCCUACUGGAUUUUAUCUAAAGAAAAUACUAUUAAGUUUGAUCACCCCUUCACUUAACAUAGUCUUCUGUCCCCUGCUAUGUGCCAUUUAUGGCACAUGCUAUGUGCCUCUACUUUUUCUAUUAAUCCUAAUAUGUCCUCUUUCCUCCUCACCCCUCCUUCCAUGGACCUCCCCUUUACUCUGUCAUCUCCUCCCUGGUUAUCGUGGACAACCACCUUAUAAUAGUCCCAUUAUAAUGUAACCAAUCAGAGACAGCCUAAUUAAAAUCAGUUACAUAUUAUAACCAUUCAGAGACACCUAAAUUAUAAUAGUUUCAAAAUAUAACUAAUCAGAGUCAAUGAAGUUAUAAUAGUCGUUUUAUAAUCUCACCGAU